AUGCUAAGUCCUAGGCUGUGCUGUGACUCGCCAGCCGGAAACCGCUUGGUCGCAGAGUCACAAGAAAGUCGAGACCAGAAUCUGGAAGCGGGAUUGAAACCCAGAGCUUCUCAACUGACAAGCAGAGGGUUUAGCCCAGCCGCUCGUGGUGCCCAAGUGUCGUCAGUCACCGCUAAAGUCAAAGCCCAACCUCGAGACCAAGACCCAGGCGGGCAAGGCAGAGGACGCGCUGUAGAGCAAGCUCUGCAAACCCAGGACGUGCCAACCGCAUCUGGCUUCGGCAACGUCCAACGGUCCACCAAAAUAGGUCGCCACUGGACGCAGGGUUGUUGGCAGCACGGAACAGACAAGGGCCAGGCUAGCCAGGAUCAGGAUCAGUAUCAGGGCACCCACGCACGAGGCCAGCGCCAGUUGCAGAUCCCGCAGCUUGGUGUUGGGCUCGGUCAAGGAGGGAGACAAGCGUCCGGCACGGAUAGUCCCAGGGAAGAAUCAGUCAUCGCGUUGACAGCCCAGCCUGAAGAGGAAAACUCCUCAUCAAUAGACGAGGUUUUAGCAGAGUCUGCGUCUUGUCUCGAGCAGCCGGGAGACCCCAGCUUAUACUAUCUUGGCUUACUGCAAAAUCAGAACGAGCUCCACCACAAACAUCACAACACCCAACAGUAUCAGGGUUUUUUGGGUGAUGACCCAUCAAUAUCAACAAGUCAUCAGCAACCUCAACCUUCCGGGUUUGGUUAUCAGCAUCAGCAGAACCAACCUCCUGCAUGCUCAUCGCCACCAUUCUCAUUUACCUUCCCCCCUCCAGCACCUCCAUCCUCAGCACCAGCAACAUCUGUCUUUGGACUGGCCCCUCCUCCUCCUCUGCCUUCUCCUGCAUCUCCACCAAGACCACCGCCGAGGCGACGCUUCCAGCCAACUACAUCUCGCCGUCAGCAAAACCUGUCCCACUGCCGGUCAAAUUCCAAUCUGAGCUCAAACUCCAGUGUCAGCACUGGUGCCAGCAGGCGUCUUCUGGCCUCUCGGUCUCCUGCAAGUCACUCUGCCAGUGGGAAAUCCCCUCGUCAGCGCCUAGCAUCAGCACCACCAUUACCACAGCCAAUAGACAGUGCAGACCCACAGGAUACGCCCACCGCCCACCACCGCCAUUCGCCUUUUCUUCCUCCUCAUCCUCACCUGCCCGCCUCUUCUCUUUCUGCCUGUUCUACCCUCUCAGCUCUCUCCACGUCGUCUCCCUCCUCCCCCAUUUCCGGCUCCAUCUCCUCUUCUCCCGCACUUCUGUCGACCUUCUCUUCCAUCUCUUCUUCUUCCUCAUCUCAUCUUACCUCUUCGUCGGCCAUAUCCUCCCCACACAUCAACAUGUCGAGAUCAUCACGGAACGCUGCCCCUACCACUUCUGGUACCGGACGACAAAACGAAUACUUCGUCCCUCGAGAUGGCAUCGACCGUGAAGUCAUCUCCGCCGACAUCUGCCGCUAUCUGGGCAACGAUGCCCUCGUGCGUCCCGGUCAUUACGAGACAGGUCAAGCCGUGCAAGGCUACUACAUCACCGCUUACAGGAAUCUUACAACUGCUAUGAUUGAGGAUCUAAAAGCGGACUCUGCUCGAUGGGACAGUGAAAGGCGUGCGCAGACGUCGCGCAAUACCUCUGGAGUGCAAUACCGCUACUCGGAGACGCAUCAGUCGCGUCAGCACCACGGUCCUACCGAGGGCCCUUAUCAAACCGACCCAUACGCUCGUGACCCUGGCUUUGAUGGUCCCAGAUACCCAGGAACAGGUGCUCCCGGUUACACUGGAGCCGCUGGCUCAUACGGCCAGUCCUACGGUGCCUCAAGUAGUGGUGCGUUUGCCGGUUAUGCCCAAACCCAGCAAUCUCCUCCCCCAGCGGAUGCAAGGUUCAGCUCUACUACCGCGGCCACCAUGGAUCCAUCCUACCAGGCUUCCCAGAGCCCCUACGUUGCCGUUGGAACAAACCAACGCCCCAGAGGCGGAUACGACCCUUACGCUAACCAGAUGGCCACAUCAUCAGCUGCUGCUCAGCAGGCCUAUGCCACUGCUGCUCCCACGCAACAAGGCUACACAGCCACUGCUUACCCAUAUUCAGGUCAGGCUCCUCCUGCGGGCUACGCGAUGCAGCCCCAGGACCCCUUCUACGGUCGUGGUGCGUAUAGCGGAGGCAACACUCGCGCGGCGGGUUUCCACAUGGUCGAAUUACUAACACUCAAGGUUUAG